AUGCCUUCGUCGCACGACUUUAGGCUAUCCCGCAAGCGCCAGCGCCGUGAGCAUCCUUCCGAAACACCACAUCGUCAGUUGAAGAAGCAGAAGCUCAGCCAGUCUUACUGGGAUAAUCUAUCAAAGGUUUGGUUAACCAAGAGCGCGAUAAAAGAGUUAGACCGAAGAAACAGCCCUCAAGGACCAUUGCGAAAACUUCAUAGGCCCAUCACUCGACAAUUUACUGAGCUGAAGCACCGUGAAACGUUUUAUUUUGCUCCGGAUAUUCUCCGUGAUUGUCUGCCUGGUCGCUUAAAGGAGAUAGAGAGGUUUUCGAGAUUGGGAGGACCCGACCUGUCUGAUUUGAGAAAUUAUCCUGUCCCCCAACCGAUGAGUUCAAGGUCAUCCUCCCAUCGUAGGAAGCGUCGGGCGGAAUCUCCUCCAUCAUCCACCACCGCAAACACAAAGACGACCACAAAAACCUCAAGCACCUCAGCAUAUAGUAGGAACUUUCAGCAGAAUUUAAUUGACCAUAGAGUCUAUCCACCGGAGUAUAGGUAUCCAGACGGCGAGAAGCCAUUAAAACCGAAUAACUGGAUGGAGAUCAAUGAAAUGUUGGCGCGAUCGCGAGCUUCCCUUUCUCCCUCGAAGUUCUCUGAGAAGCGCUUUGAAGAUUUCAGAGAAGCGGAUGCAUAUGCAUCCAAAGAGAAGCCCGUUACAGUUUCAGUAGUUCCAAUUCUUGACGGCGAUAUCAGUGACCUUAAAUGUGUCGGAAGGGAUUAUCCAUUUGGAAAUCUUGCUCCCUUAACUGAUGGCACACUGGCUUCUGCCAGACCAGAUCACUUCUAUGGCGCUCGUCCCGAACAGCUCAAUCGUCAAAUCCGCAAGGAACUGAGCAGCCAGAUUGUUCCGUCAACGCAGGAUGACCUCCCAAUAGCACCAAACUUCUUUUUAGAAGCGAAAGGCCCCGACGGAUCCCUGGCUGUGGCUACACGUCAGGCUUGUUAUGAUGGCGCUCUAGGAGCCCGAGGAAUGCAUUCCCUUCGGUCAUACGAAGAAGACGAAUCAACCUACGACAACAACGCCUAUACUCUUACAUCGACUUAUCAUGGCGGUCAACUCAAGCUAUACACAACUCAUCUCACCAAGCCCAGCGGCCCAGAUUACCGUCCCGAGUAUAUUAUGACUCAGCUCAAUACGUGGGGUAUGACUGGUAACUUGGAAACUUUUCGGCAAGGAGCGUCGGCAUACAGGAAUGCCCGAGAUUGGGCAAAGGAAAAGAGGGCUGGAGUUAUUGGGGCGGCAAAUGAAAGAUUCUCAGAGACUGAGUCCCAAUGUCAUUCUGCAUCUCAGCACCAGACGAACUCCGACAUAGCUGCUACCUUAGAUGAUUCCGAUAUUUCAACUGUGACUGAUGAAACCGAGGAUGCGCAAUGGAGCUUUGCUGCUGCAAACAAAGAUGUGGAAGAUGAAACCCAGAUUCUGAGCAGAAACCCCAAAAAAUCAAGGGUGGGUGAUAUAGCUGGGAAUAAGAUUACUCGGCGUUUAAACUGA